AUGUUGGGAAUGGAGUCUUCCCAAGCUCCCACGGUUCUGAGAACAAACUCCGGCGGUGAAGCGCUCGACUUUAACGAGGCCGCAUCACUAACUCCGGAGCAGGAAGCCCGCCUACAGGAGCUGUCCCAGAGCCAGGAUCCGGAUAACUUUGAUGAGUUUGGGUCCUUGGUGGAGAAUUUGGGGUGGACGGACCCAGAUCGGGCGUUCCGCACCUAUGUGCAGUGGUAUCGUCGCCAGGACUACAUGAACCAGAGAGAUCUGCUGGAGGGGGAGGCGCUUCGCUCUUCGUUCAUGAAAGCGCUGGCUGCUUGUCAUCACCACAACGCGGGAAAGCAUCUGAGAGACAGGAACAUAGCCCUCACUCCUCGGGCCGUCUUCUACCCCCCGACUUCUCAUCCUGGAUUUGGGACCCCUUCGGCAGAUGAGUACGGAAGAAAAUUCCCAACCGACCUCAUCUUGUCCCGGAACCAGAUCUUGAAAUCAAACGAUUGUCUAUCGACGGAAAAGGAUAGUCCGUAA